CGUGCAAACCGGAUCGCACCAUAUCGGCGGAGAAUGUCAUAGCAGCGCGUGAUACCGAAUUAUAAAAAUUAACAAUAACAACAAUAUUAAUAAUAAAAUAUUGUACCUACACAUCGGUUAUUACUUGUUAUCCGUCGUUAUCGAGCCGUUCCCGGUCGUGUUCCGUGAGACUCGUCGGGCCGCGUUUGACGGUGGUGUUUGAAGAAUUAUUACACAUAUAUAUAUUUUUUUUUUGAAAGUUACGUUAAAAAAAAUUGUUUUUUUUUAUUAUUUAUAUUAUAUGAGAAUUCAUUUUACCGUUUUUUUGCACUCGAGCACCCGUAACUAUUGAAAUCAAUUACCUAUAAAUUACGGUUUUUGCACUCGAGUCGUCGGCAACAUGACCGUCGGUACGGUCGUCCUGGUGUGUGCGGCCGUCGCGCUGCUCGUGCUGCUCGCCAGGAGACGGCUCAAGUUCGUCUCGGCUUUCCGCGACAUACCCGGACCGCCGUCGGUACCUUUCUUCGGUAACGCUCUGCAGCUUAACGGUUCGCCGUCCGACUUCUUCAGACUCCUGAGGGAAUGGCAUUUGAAAUUUGGCGAGACCUAUCAGCUGUGGAUUGGACUACGGCCGUUCCUUUCCAUUUCGGACGCAGAUCAAAUUCUGCAAAUCCUCAGUUCGCCGACACAUAUACACAAAAGUCUGGAGUACGAUCUAUUACAUCCGUUUAUCGGUACCGGACUAGUCACCAGUGCAGGAUCUAAAUGGCACGGCAGAAGGAAGUUGUUGACGCCAACUUUUCACUUUAACAUACUCGAAGAGUUUCUACCACCAAUCGUGCGUCAAAGCAAAAUUUUGGCGCUCAUGUUGAAAAAAGAGGUAGCUAAGGAGUCCGGAUUUGACAUAACACCUUACGCUAAGUUGGCCGCCCUGGACAUUAUAGGCAACACAGCAAUGGGAUGCGAAAUCAAUUCGCAGGAAAAUUCGGAUAGCGAUUACGUCAAAGCUCUGGACGAAGUGACCUAUAUAAUGCAAAAACGAUUUAUUACACCGUGGCUGAAACCCAAUAUAAUAUUCAACUCGACACGACUCGGCAAAAGAUUAAAACAUUGCAUAAAUAUCAUACACACGUUUACCAAAAAGGUAAUCCAAGACCGAAAGGAAAAUUUGAAAUCCUCUACUGCCGAUCAACACGUGUCUGACGCAAAUAAAAACGAAAUUUACAAAAAACGACCUAAAGCUCUGUUGGACCUGUUGAUCGACGUGUCGGACAAUGGCAAAGUGCUGAGCGACGAAGACAUUCAAGAGGAAGUAGACACGUUUAUGUUUGCGGGUGUGGACACAUCGUCGACGACACUAUCGUGGGCCAUGUACGUGCUAGGCAAACACCCGGAAGCCCAAGAACAGAUAUUGACCGAACUCGAUGAAAAACUGCCGAAUUUCGGAGACGAGGAAUUGUCAGUGAGGGACUUGUCUAAGCUCGAAUACCUAGACAGGGCUAUCAGAGAGGUGCUCCGGCUAUACCCAGCUGUCCCCCUGAUCGGUCGACAAAUAUACGAACCACUGACAAUAGGUGACCUUACAAUAAUGCCGGGUACAUCGGUCAUGAUAAACACGUAUGCUUUACACAGAAGUAAGAAACAUUUCGACAGCCCCGACAAAUUCGAUCCAGACAGAUUUUUGGCGGACAACAAACAUGACAGGCAUCCGUUCGCUUUUUUGCCAUUCAGUGCAGGCCCAAGAAAUUGCAUAGGCCAACGGUUCGCCAUUAUCGUGCUGAAGGUGGCGAUCGCGACCAUUUUGAAAUCUUACAAGAUUAAAUCUCUGGACCCUGAACAAGACCUGGGACUGGUGGGCGAAAUAGUUUUGCGAGCUGAGCACGGUAUCAACAUAACCGUCGAAGAACGGACGUGUAUAUUGACAUAGGACCUACCUCGUAUUAUUACAUUUACUUGCACCUCUAGACUCUAGUAGUAGUACAUACACUUCCACCUUCAUUUUUUUUAAUUUUAUUAUUAAUAUUUCUAUUUAAAAUCCAUUUUAGUUGUUAAGCCAUUGUACGAUUACCUAUUUUUUUAUUUUUUAUUUUUUUUUAUUUGUAUUUAUUUAUUUUUUUUGUACGUUUGACAGUGGACGUGUUUCGUUGCUAUUAACUAUUAGGUUUUUUUAUUUUUAUUAUUGUAUACGUUUUAUAUUUUAACAUUAAUGUCUUUUAUACUUGAUUACAAUUUUUACUUUUAUUAUUAGUUAUUACCUAUAAUUGUGAUUUGCAAAUUCGAUGAAUUACAUAUGCACGCACGCGUGUAUGU